AUGAAAAUUAAUAUCUUUGAGAGUAAAUUAAAUAUGAAAAAAGAGGCAUCAUAUUCCCAAGACACAGGAUCUGAAGAAGACGUUGACAGUAUGAUUGUAGUGAACCCAGAAAUAAAAAACGAAGACAGCCCUGGGAACCAUUCGAUAAAGCCUUUUACAAAUGGCUACCAGUCCAGCCCACAUACAAAUCAAUCCCUUGAUGACAUUUUAGAAGAUGUUAAGCAUACGUUGAAUGAUUUGCCACCUCCGAAGUACUCGAGAAAAGAAAUUAACAAGACUUGGGAAUUCUUGAAGUCAAUUAAAAAAGAAGAUAUUUUAAGUUUCGUUAGAAUAAUUGACAGUCUUCCUAACUCAGCGAUACAUGAAAAAGUUAAAGAAAUUGAGCAAUUGGCAUUAAGGCUUGAUUUAUCUCAGGCUCAAGAAUUCGCAGCUGGGGAAGAAAUGAAUAUAAUGCAGAGAUAA